AUGGCACUGGCUUUGGUUGGAGCGGCUGCCAUAGGAGCACCCUUCGGAGCGCUGUAUGAUGCCGUUAAGGAAUCGAUGGGCAGGACUGUUUUGCAGUAUAAACCCCUCCUUGGAGAUUUGAAAUUCACUCUAGAAUCUCUACGGCCGCGCAUCGUCCAACAUAUAGGAGAUCAUAAUGUGGAGUUAGGCCUCCCGAACGACGAUAUUGAGAGCCUACAAAGACAAAUGGAGGAGGGCAUAGUGCUUGUUAGGAAGCUGUCGAAUAUUGGUAUGUGGAAUUGUUAUGCAUGGGGCAGCUGCAGCAACUGCACAACGCCUAGUUACAGCGACCAACUUGUUGAGUUGGAUAGGUCUCUUAGAAUACUGUUAGAGAUAUUGAAGCUGCAGGAAGCAAGGAAUGUGAAGGAGGUCUUGCUUUUGGCUAGGAAGAUCCAUGACAAACAAGAUGAAUUGGAAAGAAGAAUGUCAGAUUUGCUGAAAGUGCAGCAGGAAGCAGGGGAUGUGGGAGGGUCUUCAGGAAGCAACACAGGCACGACGAUACAGCAAGGAAACGAAGGGAAUGGAGGGCAUCAAGUGGUGCCAUUAGGCGGAGUAGGAGGGAGUGGAAUACUGUUAAAGAGAUUGAAGCUGCAGCAAAAAGAGGAUGUGAAGGCCAUCUUGCUUUUGAAUAAGGAAAUCCGUGACACACAAGUUGAAUUGGACAGGAAAAUGUCAGAUAUUCUGAAAUUGCAGCAGGAACCAAAAGCUAACAGUUGUAGGACAGUUGGAUCCAGCGCUAAUAGCGACUAA